AUGAAAGAACCCCGGCUUUUCCCUAGAGAGCGGCCAACUCCUUGGACUCGUGCUCCACUGCCACCUCGAGGACGGCUCGACGGUUCCCUGGGACCACAGGGGGGUCCUGUCCUAAACACAGGCCACCCACUGGGCAUGAUCUCAGAUUCCCUCCUCAUGACAUCUGGUUCUCUUGGUGGAAACCUGGCUCCAUUUCCAAGGAACCCUUCUCCUUUUCCAGCUUCAUCAGGUUCAUUGGCUUCAAAUCCAGCACCUUUCCCUGCUGGUGCUCGUGACCCAGGCAUGGCUUCUUUUCCAAGGGGAAUGAACCCCACUGGCACAAGUGGAGUUUCUUUCCCAAGGCCAGGUGGCCUCUUGGGCCCGGGUCCAGGCCCGGGCCCGGGCCCAGGCCCAGCUCUAAACCCUAGAGCAGGGGCUCUUCCAGGCCCAGGGCCUCUGUCUAACCCAAGGUUAGGGGGUCUGCCAGGGCCAGGUCCUAUGCCCAACUCAAGGGCAGGUGGUCUCCUUGGAACAGGUCCUGACUCUAGAAGCGGCGGCCCCAUGGGCCCUGGAUCUGCACCCAACCUGAGAACAGGUAUCCUCUUGACUUCUGGAAAUGGUCCUCCCAAUAAUAGGCCCGUUGGCCUGGGCCCUGGACCAAGUCCCAAUCUGAGAUCGGGCUUCGUAGGUACAAACCCUGCCCCAAGGUCAGGUGUGUUUCCAGGCCCUGGCCUGGGGCCCACCCCAAGAACAGGUGGCCUGGGCCCAGGCCUUGGGCCCAACCCAAGGGCAGGUGGCUUAGGCCCAGGCCCUAAUCUGGAUACCAGAGCAGGUGGCCUCUUGAGCACAGGGUCUGGUCUUAACUUAAGAAUGGCUGGACCUCAGGGCCUAGAUCUUGCCCCUAUUCUAAGAGCAGCAGGUCUUUUAGGAGCAAAUUCAGCUUCUUUCUCACAGACCUCUGGAAACAUGGGCACAAGCCCACCUUCCAUGGCAAGAAUACCUGGCCCCAUGGGCCCAAACUCGGGUCCUGGCUCUCGAGGAAUUGGCCUUCCAGGGCCAAGCCCAUCUCCCAUGUCAAGGGCUCCUGGCCCCAUAGGCCCUAAUUCGGCUCAUUUUUCGAGGCCAGCUGGCCCCAUGGGAGUAAAUGCUAACCCCUUUCCAAGGGGGACAGGUUCAGGGGCACUGAACCCAGCUGCCUUCUCCCAGUCUUCUGGCACAUUAGCUUCAAACCCAGCUACCUUCCAGAGGUCUGCAGGCCUCCAGGGCUCAAAUCCAGCAAUUUUCCCAAGAGCCUCUGGGCCUUUAGGACCCAAUCCAGCUAACUUCUCAAGGGGCACUGGCUUACAAGGUCCAAGUCCAACUACGUUCCCAAGGUCUACUGGCCCACUAGGCCCUGGCCAGGUUACUUUUCCCAGGUCAGCUCCAGGGCCUCUGGGCUCUUCUCCAGCGGGCCCUGUGGGUAUCAACCCAGCUCCUUUUGCAAGGCCAACUGGGACCCUGGGUCUAAACCCAUCUUCCUUUCCAAGGAUGAAUGGCCCUGUAGCCAAGACUUUGGUCCCAUUUCCUAGAGUGGGUAGUCUCCCUGGCACAAACCCAGCUGCUUUCCCCAGACCAGGGGGUCCAAUGGCUGCAAUGUACCCAAAUGGAAUGUUACCCCCUUAAAUAGCAUUUUCUCUCCAGGACCACCUUGGUUUCCAGGCAUUGUGGUUCUGGGCAGAGGCUGUGUUUUAGGCAAAAGGGUAGACACGGAGCUACAGUCUGAAGUACAUAGCUGGGGCUCAAGUUCAGAUGAGCCAUCUUUUUCAAAUUCUGCUUCUUUCUUGAUUGAAGGUGAAAUGUUAUU